AUGCCAGGGGAGCAGCCCUGGCUCAGCCCCAGCCCUAGCAAGGGCAGCCCCGGCGGCGGCGACGACGCAGGCCGCGCCGGCGGCGGCUCCCCCGCGCCGCUGCCCCUGGCGGCCCAGCCGCACGACGGCGUGAGCGCGGAGGAGGCGGCGGCGGCGGCGCGGCAGCACGUGGCCGCGCUGCUCGCGCGCUACUCGGGCCUGCGCUUCCGCGGCGACGGCUCGGGCUACAAGCUGCCCUGGGACGUGCGCCUGCGCAUGCCGCCGCGUCCCGGCGAGAAGCGGGCCAACGUCGACAUCUCUCGGGUCAAGACGGCGGAGGAGGGCGCGGUUGCGUUUGACAUUGGCACCGCCUGGCGCCAGCUGCACCCCACCGCGGGCGGCGGCGCGCCCCGCGAGGACGAAUACAACUUCCCGGUGCAGAGGUACAAGGACGACAAGGAGCUGUGGGGCAGGAUCCGGGCCGCCCGCAGCCUGCCCCAGCUGCGCACCCUGCUGACCCACAUGCGCGACACGUGCCAGCUGGAGCGCAUCGCCGCCGCGCUGCUGGGCCAGGCGCCGCCGGCGCGGCCGCCGCCGCCGCGGCACACGCCGCCGCAGGAGCGCGAGCAGCAGAGCCCAGAGGUGGCGGUUGCGGCGGCGGCAGCCGCCGGCGGCGCCGGCGGGCGUGCGCCUGCCGGCAAGGCGGGGGCAGGGGCCAAGCGGCAGCUGGAUGGGGGCAAGGCGGGGGCGGGCGCGGGCAGGGGGCCCAAGCGUGCCGCCCACGCGGCGCACCCGCCGGGACCCCUGCAGCACCACCACGUGCCGGCAGCCGGGAUGCUGCCGCCGCAGCAGGCACAGCAGGCGCAGCAGGCGCUGCAGUGGGCCGUGCGGCAGGCGGGCGACGCCUCGGGGCCCAAGCUGGCUCGCCUGGAGGAGCUGCGCCAGCACCUGGAGAGGCUGGUGGCAGAGCCGCCUCCUGGCAUGGCCCCCGCAGGCCAGCCUGCCAAGCCGCCGCACCCGCUGGCCGCCGCUGCGACGCCGGCGGCGAAGCAGCAGGUGGGCGUCGCAGCGGCGGCGGCGCCGCGCCAGUCGCCACCCUCGCCCAACGCCGCGCCCGCGCUGGCGGCGCUGGCGGCGCUGCUGGGGGCGGUGGGCGGGCCCAAGGCGCUGUCGCCGCCCAAGCAGCAGCUGUCGCCGCCGCAGUCAGCGGCGGCGGCGUCGCUGGCAGCCUUGGGCCAGGCGCUCGCCACGCUGGCGGGCCCGGCAGCCCCGGCCCAGCAGCAGCAGCAGGCGGCAGCGGCUGCGCCCCAGCCAGCCUGGCAGCAGCAGCAGGCGCCCCAGCAGCAGCAGCAGGCCUCCUGGCCACACCUCAAGGCCGCCGCAGGCUUUGCGCAGGCGGCGCCGGCGCCGGCGCCGGCCUGGCCUGCCGCCCCUUCCGCCGCCGCGCCGGCGGCGGGCGCCUGGGCGGCGCCGCCGCAGCGGCAGUCGCCGCCACAGCAGCAGUACCAGCAGCAGCACCAGCAGUACCAGCACGAGGGCCUGCUGCAGCUGCUGCUGCUGGCGGCGCAGCAGCCUGCCGCCGCCGCCGCCGGCCUGACCCCCGAGCUCGCCGCCGUCUACCUGCUGGCCCUGCAGCGCGUGCCGGAGCCGAUGCAGCGGCAGCAGGCCGGCAUCAUGGAGCUGCUGCUGCAUGCGGAGCAGCACAGCAGCGCGGUCGCCAUCGCCACCCACAUGGUCAAGUCGGUACUGUAG